ACUUCCGCUUCCGGUUCUUGAUUCCUGAAGUGGCUCCGAGGGAGCGUGGGGCUUAGCGUCGUCUUUGUUAGCUUCCACCAUGGCGUACCGUGGCCAGGGCCAGAAGGUGCAGAAGGUGAUGGUGCAGCCCAUCAACCUCAUCUUCAGAUACUUGCAAAAUAGAUCUCGGAUUCAGGUGUGGCUUUAUGAGCAAGUGAAUAUGCGGAUAGAAGGCUGUAUCAUUGGUUUUGAUGAGUAUAUGAACCUCGUAUUAGAUGAUGCAGAAGAGAUUCAUUCUAAAACAAAGUCAAGAAAACAACUAGGUCGGAUCAUGCUGAAAGGAGAUAAUAUUACUCUGCUCCAAAGUGUCUCCACCUAGAAAUGACUUUUAAAUGUUAAGUGAGGAAUUACUGAGAAGCAAUACAGUUUGUGUUUUAUGGUGUCCUUUGUUGGGAGAAUAUGUCUUACCCAUUUAUUCAUAUUGGCUUAUUACAGUUCCCUUAAGUUACUACCAUGACAAUAAAUGAUGUUGAAUUGUUUUUGUUAAAAAA